UUUCUCUAACUGCCCAAACAAAACCCUAAACCCCAGGGGGAAAAAAAAUUCCAGUCCAGAGCUAAACUCGACGAUGGAGGCUGCACAGAACAGCGAGGAAAACACUUCCAAUCCCCAGCCUCAGCCUCUAUCGAAGAGCGCCCAAAAGAAGCUCUUGAAGCAGCAGAAAUUCGAGGCGAAGAAAGCAGAGAAGAAAGCAUGGAUGAAAGAGCAAAAACAGCGGGAUGCAGAGAGGAAGCGAAAAGAAUGGGAGGAGAAACUGGCUGGCCUAAGCGAAGACGAGAGGCUGAAACUGAUAGAUUCAAGGAAAGAAUUGAGGAGAGAGAGAAUGGAGAAAAGAUCGGAGGAAAGAGGGCAGAAAAUCGAGAGACUGACGAAAGCCAAAGAGAAUGGCCAAAACAUUGUCGUUGAUCUUGAGUUCUCUAAUCUCAUGACUCACUCUGAAAUCCACAGCCUCGUUCAACAGAUUAUGUAUUGCUAUGCAGUGAAUGGAAGAAGCAGUGUUCCUGCUCACCUCUGGUUGACUGGAUGUCAAGGGGAAAUGGAAACUCAGUUGCAAAGGCUACCUGGAUUUGAUAAAUGGAUUAUUGAGAAGGAAAAGCAAUCUUAUAUCCAAGCGUUUUCAGAUCAGAAAGAUAACUUGGUUUAUCUCACAGCAGAUUCGGAAACUGUGCUAGAUGAACUUGAUCCUAGCAAAGUUUAUAUUGUUGGCGGAUUGGUGGACAGAAAUCGGUGGAAAGGCAUAACCAUGAAGAAAGCAGAGGAGCAGGCAAUUCAUACAGCAAAACUCCCCAUUGGAACUUACAUGAAGAUGUCCAGUUCUCAGGUCCUUACUGUGAACCAAGUUAUAGAGAUACUCCUCAAGUUCUUGGAGACAAAAGAUUGGAAAGCUUCCUUCUUUCAAGUAAUUCCUCAGAGGAAAAGAUCUGAAGCUGAUUCAGAAACCUGUCAAGAAUUAGAUGGAGAAGAGUGCAAGGAGGAUAAUGAUGAAUCUGAGAGGAAAAAGAAGUGCAUUGAAGAACCUUCUCAUGACUAGAAGAGCUCGCAAAACUAAUGCUUAUGUUGACCCUUUCCAUCUUGCACUACAUGGAAUGUCUGUACAAGUGGGAAAAUCAUUACAAAAGAAUUGAUUGUUUUUUGAAGUUCCACUCUUUACCUCCUCCAUGUACCUAUGAUGCUUCAUGCAUUCCAAACUUGAAUUAAAACUACAGAAAAAUAGGCUUCCUUGCGGAUGCCCACUUUUG